AUGCGGCCCAGACUGGACUUAGCGCUGCCGCUGGGCCCGCCUCUGUCAGUCUUCCUGACCCCUUCCCCACCCCCUGGGCCUUGGGAAUGGACCCAUGGCCCCACCCAGCGCCGUCAGCGCCCGGCACUGCCACCCGGGUCCAGGCCGCUGCCUGCACGUGGGAUCCGUCGGGCAGCCGGGGACAGAAAAGACCCCGCCGUUGGGACGCAGGGCAGAGCCGGCCACCUAGUCCCUUCCAGCCAGCAGAGGCGAGGGAAGGCGUCACUGCCCCAGCGGGGAGACGGGCAGGACGCCCUGCCCCGCACCAGCAGCCUCCGCCGGGGCGCCCUCAGCUCCCUGCUUGGCUCUGUCUCUCCACACCCGGCAGGGCCACGGGCUGCCCCAGCCCUGGGGGUCGUGGGCAGCUGCUACUCAGUGCCAACCCCGUGGGGCACAGAGCCAUAUACCUCGCUGUCCGGCCCCCACCCCAGCCUCGCCUUCCCACCCCAUUGUCUCCACUUCAGGAAAAGCCGCACUUUACACCCCCACCUGCCUCUUCCCUCUCCAUCCCUGCUCCCCGAUCCUGAGCGGUUGGGAUUUUUCAGUACCACUGGUUUUGAGCAGUCUGAUGAGGAUGUGCUUUGGUGUAUUGAGGUGUCUGAUGAGGAUGUGCUUUGGUGUAUUGAGUCUGAUGAGGAUAUGCUUUGGUGUAUUGAGGUGUCUGAUGAGGAUGUGCUUUGGUGUAUUGAGGAGUCUGAUGAGGAUGUGCUUUGGUGUAUUGAGGUGUCUGAUGAGGAUGUGCUUUGGUGUAUUGAGGUGUCUGAUGAGGAUGUGCUUUGGUGUAUUGAGGUGUCUGAUGAGGAUGUGCUUUGGUGUAUUGAGUCUGAUGAGGAUGUGCUUUGGUGUAUUGAGUCUGAUGAGGAUGUGCUUUGGUGUAUUGAGUCUGAUGAGGUUGUGCUUUGGUGUAUUGAGGUGUCUGAUGAGAAUGUGCUUUGGUGUAUUGAGGUGUCUGAUGAGGAUGUGCUUUGGUGUAUUGAGGUGUCUGAUGAGGAUGUGCUUUGGUGUAUUGAGGAGUCUGAUGAGGAUGUGCUUUGGUGUAUUGAGUCUGAUGAGGAUGUGCUUUGGUGUAUUGAGGUGUCUGAUGAGAAUGUGCUUUGGUGUAUUGAGGAGUCUGAUGAGGAUGUGCUUUGGUGUAUUGAGGUGUCUGAUGAGGAUGUGCUUUAGGGUAUUGAGUCUGAUGAGGAUAUGCUUUGGUGUAUUGAGGAGUCUGAUGAGGAUGUGCUUUGGUGUAUUGAGGAGUCUGAUGAGGAUGUGCUUUGGUGUAUUGAGGAGUCUGAUGAGGAUGUGCUUUGGUGUAUUGAGGAGUCUGAUGAGGAUGUGCUUUGGUGUAUUGAGCAGUCUGAUGAGGAUGUGCUUUGGUGUAUUGAGUCUGAUGAGGAUGUGCUUUGGUGUAUUGAGGUGUCUGAUGAGAAUGUGCUUUGGUGUAUUGAGGAGUCUGAUGAGGAUGUGCUUUGGUGUAUUGAGGUGUCUGAUGAGAAUGUGCUUUGGUGUAUUGAGGAGUCUGAUGAGGAUGUGCUUUGGUGUAUUGAGGUGUCUGAUGAGGAUGUGCUUUGGUGUAUUGAGGUGUCUGAUGAGGAUGUGCUUUGGUAUAUUGAGUCUGAUGAGGAUGUGCUUUGGUGUAUUGAGUCUGAUGAGGAUGUGCUUUGGUGUAUUGAGUCUGAUGAGGAUGUGCUUUGGUGUAUUGAGGUGUCUGAUGAGAAUGUGCUUUGGUGUAUUGAGGUGUCUGAUGAGGAUGUGCUUUGGUGUAUUGAGUCUGAUGAGGAUGUGCUUUGGUGUAUUGAGGUGUCUGAUGAGAAUGUGCUUUGGUGUAUUGAGGAGUCUGAUGAGGAUGUGCUUUGGUGUAUUGAGGUGUCUGAUGAGAAUGUGCUUUGGUGUAUUGAGGAGUCUGAUGAGGAUGUGCUUUGGUGUAUUGAGGUGUCUGAUGAGGAUGUGCUUUGGUGUAUUGAGGUGUCUGAUGAGGAUGUGCUUUGGUAUAUUGAGUCUGAUGAGGAUGUGCUUUGGUGUAUUGAGUCUGAUGAGGAUGUGCUUUGGUGUAUUGAGUCUGAUGAGGAUGUGCUUUGGUGUAUUGAGGUGUCUGAUGAGAAUGUGCUUUGGUGUAUUGAGGUGUCUGAUGAGGAUGUGCUUUGGUGUACACGUACAGUAUGUAGCCUUUGAGAUUGGCUUCUUUCAUGUUCACUGAAGGCUUCGCCAUGUCUUUUUGUGGCUUGAUGGCUCAUUUCUUUUUAGCGCUGGAUGAUACUCCAUCCUG